AUGUCACAUACUAUUAUCCGCCUUCAAGUCCACCUUCCUGAUAAUCAGAGGGUAUAUUUUAACGAAGGAGAAGAACGAGUAGCUAUAGAUCGUGCUGCACAGCGUGACACUCACCUAACCGCUUGGUUUAAAUUAAAUGCUGAGAUAAAUGAAGCACGUCAGUAUUCUUAUGUUGAAAUUCCGUAUCACUUUGUUUUUGAUGGUAAAAAUUGCAAGUGGAAAGUAAGACAAAGAGGCAGUGAUAAGGUGAUUGUGCGAAUGUAUAAAGUCAAUCUAACCAGUGAAGUAUUUUUUCUUAGAUUGUUGCUUUUGCAUGUAAAAGGUGCAAUGUCUUUUGAGGAUUUGCGUACUAUUCAUGGCACUGUUUUUAAUACAUUUCGUGAAGCAUGUUAUCGAUUAGGUCUAUUGCAAGAUGACAUUGAAUGGAGAAAUACAUUAACUGAAGCUGUAGCAACUCGAAUGCCUAAACAAAUUAGGCAACUGUUUUCCAUCAUAUUGACUUUAUGUGAACCUGAUGAUCCUUUACACCUUUGGAAUACAUUUAAAGAUUAUAUGAUUGAGGAUUACAUACACCAUUCAAUGCCAGUUGUACUUGCUGAACAGACUGCUCUUCGUCAAAUUGAAUCUAUAAUUAAUCAGAGUGGUAAAACUUUAACUGAUUAUAAUUUGCCUACAUUAGAUCAGUUAUUAGAUAAUGUCCUAGAAAAUGAUGAUGGAGAUAUUCAGGUAUUUAUUGAUGAAGCAAAUCGAGAUAGACCAUUAUUAAACGAUAAUCAGCGUAAUGUAGCUGAUGCAAUCCUUGCUGCACUUAGUGAAGAACCUAAUAAUGAAAAUAAGCAUUCAAGAUUUUUCUUUAUGGAUGGGCCUGCCGGUUGUGGUAAAACAUUUACUUACAAUUAUUUAAUUGCUGAAACACGCAGCAGGCAUAUUAGAACUGCAACAGCUGCAUGGACAGGAAUAGCUGCAACUCUUCUUAAGAAUGGAUGCACAUUGCACGGCUUAUUCAAACUUCCUGUUCCAAUUUUGGAAACUAGCACAUGUAAUGUAACUCCAAACUCCAUUCAUGGUAGAUUCCUGAGACAAGUUAGUUUAUAUUUACUAUAG